GGUUAAAAAUAACCACGACCUGGAGUAUAAAUUUUUGACAAAUGUAUAUUCUUUAUUUGUGAAAUUGUGAAUUCAACACGUUAAGAAAAUGGCAAAUAGUUCCUUUCAGGACGUGAGCAAUCACUUGUUUAUCAGUGAAUAUCGCAUUAAAGAAGAACUAAAAACAGAGCUAGAAAGUGAUGGAAUGAAACUAGAACAAGAACUAAUUAAAGAAGAAAUACUAGAAGACAGUGUUUAUGAAAAUAUUAAACUUGAACAACUGCAUACAGAAUUAAUAGUUAAAGAUGAAAUAUUAGAUGAAAAUGUUUUAAGCGAUCAGCACUCUCAAAACGGAGACAAACGGUUUUCAUGUGAAGUUGGUCAUAAAACUUUUGCUUGGAAAAAGAAUUUGAAUCGACAUAAACGAAUUCAUACCGGAGAAAAACCCUUUUCGUGUGAAGUUUGUGAUAAACAGUUUAGACAGCGAAGGAGUUUAAUUGGACAUAAACGAAUUCACACUGGAGAAAAGCCUUUUUCAUGUGAAACUUGUGAUAAACCAUUUACGCUGAAACAGAGUUUAGCUAAACAUAAACUCAGUCAUACUGGAGAAAAACCGUUUUCAUGUGAUAUUUGUGAUAAAACAUUUAUUCAACAAUAUACUUUAAUUGUGCACCAACGAACUCACACUGGAGAAAAACCUUUUUCAUGUGAUGAGUGUGAUAAAAGAUUCAAUCAUAAAACCGGUUUAAUUGAACAUAAACGAACUCAUACUGGAGAAAAACCUUAUUCAUGUGAUAUCUGUGACAAAACGUUUACUCAGCGAAGGAGCUUAAUUGAACAUAAACUGAUUCAUACUGGCGGAAAACCGCACUCGUGUGAAGUUUGUCAUAAAGCUUUUAAUCUGAAAAAGUAUUUAACUAAACAUAAACUCGUUCAUACUGAUGAAAAACCUUUUUCAUGUGGAUUUUGUGAUAAAACAUUUAAACGGAAAUAUGAAUUAAUUUCACAUAAACUAAGAAUUCAUAGCAAAGAUACGUUGUAGAAAGUACAUAGUAUAUAGUACAAGAUACUGCUGCGAGAUUACUACAGGGUGUCCUUUUUUUUUAAGUUGACAUAUACUUAAAGAUCGAUAAAUAAAUUUAAUCGAGGAAAAUGGUCUAAACGAAAAAUGUUAGUUUCAAAAGAGCA